GCCUCCCUGGCCCUGGUCUCUGCCCUGGUUGCUCUGAGCACGGAUUUCUGGUUCAUGGCCAUCGGGCCCAGCUCUUCAGCUCACUCGGGCCUCUGGCCGAAGCGGGGUGGGGAAUCAGUAGCAGACUUCAUCCACGUGACGCAGACCUUCAGCAUUCUGGCCGCCCUGUGUGGCCUGGGGUCUGUGGGCCUCCUGGUCCUGUCCUGCAUCCCCUCACUGUCCGCCCCGGGCCGGGGCCCCCUGGUCUCGUCCAUCACAGCCUUUGUUGCAGCCGUCUUCAUGGUGGUGGCCAUGGCCGUCUACACCGGUCAUCGGUGGAGCCAACCUCGACACCCCCAGAUCCAGUCCUGCUUCUCCUGGUCCUUCUACCUCACAGACCCAGGCACUGUGAACACACUCUCCUAG